CUCACAGGUCUUCCUACUGCAGCCUAGGCUCGGUCAGGAUGGACCGAGCCUAUGAAUCAGUCAGUCUUCAAUCAGAUACACAUAGACGACACACAUACAUCACACACAGGUCGGCUCCCCUCUCUGUCCCUCCCUCCCUCCAUCUCCACCAUCUGCACACGCAAUGCUCUCAGGCUUCUCCAUAGAGAGAGAGACAUAGUUGAGAGUGGGGAAAAAACGUACGCUUACUUACGCAACCCACACACGGAUGCACUCAUAGUCGCGGUAGACACCAAGACAAAGCCAUCCAUCAACACGCUCGAGCCUCAGCGAGCGACAGCCCUUUUCCCCUCCGCCACCACGCCACGCAAGACAGCUGAUCGAUGUCAUAUGCGACAACUGCCGUGCGUUCCGUGAUGCCGUUGUAGAAAAGGGACGCCACACUGCAGAGCUGUCUGUCCACCCUCUGCCCCCCUCUCCACCAGCCAUCCACUCAGAAUGCAACACAGCGGAAAAAGAGACACGUAAGGCAUGAGCCGUCCAUCGACCCCCAUCCCAGCGAUCACAUCCCUAUGUACACAGCCGCCGCCACCGCCACCACCAGCAGCAUCACAACAGAAAACUUUGCAUCUCACGAACGAACGAACGAAUCAAAUCACUCGUCAUCGCGCUCAUCGUCAUCGGCAUCAUCUGGCGCGCCGGCAAACCACGGAUGUCUCAGGGCCUCGUCGACGGUGACGCGCUCGACUGCGUCGGGAUGCAGCAGCCUCCGCAGCAGGUCGCGUGCUGCGGGGUUGGGCAGCCCCACGCCAGAAGGGUCGCGCCGACGCAGCAGAGAGGCAAACUGAUGGAUGGACCACCACACAUACCACACCACACAGUGUGGGGUUGCAUGUUCAGCCUCUCCUCUCCUCUCCACUCCCCCCCCUCUCUCUCUGAUGCUCACCUCUUCGUCAGAACACCUCGGGCCUUCAUAUUCAUAAUCAGCGGGUUUCUCCCCCCAUUGUCGCUCGGCGUCGUAAGCGCCACCAGUCCUCUCAGCUGCCGCUGCAGGCGGCCCCGCACCCUCCCUCUCAGCCGGUGGGCCGCCACCCCUCACCGCCAGCGCAUUGGCAGUGUGAUACCCAUCACCAUCACCACCCCCACCCCCAGCUUCGGUGUCCUCAGCCAGCCUCACCACGCGCAUGACACUGUCCCUUCGCUCCCUCCCUCUCAGGUCUCUCCUGUACAGGAUGGGAUAAAUCGGUCCCGUCACUUCGUGCGCGUCUCUGAUGGCCAUCUGGUGGGGGUGGGGUUGGGGGUGAGGGGCGGCGGAGAUGUUGUCGAUUUGCAUGAGAGGGAGGGGCGGCAUGGUGACCGUGAUGGCGUUCUGUGUGGGGAUGAGGCAGAGGGCGUCAAGGGCGGAGAGCAGGAGGGAUUGCCGGAUGACGCCGGGAGAGGCGCCCUCUUGACGGAGAUGGUGCUCCAACUGCCAGCCAGUACACACACACAGACGGACAGAUCCACACAUGACAUGCAGAGCCACCCACAUCCAGGCAGGCCGUUUCUGCUGACCGACCUUUGCCCUUUUCCUCUCGUCCUCAAUCACAAAUACAUCCUUCCGCCCCAGCACCAUCUGCAGCAUGACCACCCCCACCCCCCAGACAUCGUAGCUCGGCUCCCGCCAAAACCUAUGACGCGCAAAUCGAUGGCUGCUGCCGCCGCUGCCGCUGCCGCCUUCAGUCGCCUCAUCGAGGGGGUCUGCAACCGCCUCCGGUGGCCGGUGGUCGUGUGUUUCUUCUGUGGGCGAGGGGGAGACGGUGUCUGGGUAGAGGUAGGCAAUGGAGAGAGGGAGAAUGCCCUGAAACGGCGCAGCACUGCCCCAAUCUGAAAGACCACAGCCGAGGUGACACACCAAGUGUGUGGCCAUCCUGCAUGUGUAUGUGUGUAUGUGUAUGUGGAUGGGGUUGGGAAUGGGGCAGCACCAACCAGCGAUUCUCAGGUCGAUGGGGAGUAGUGGGGGCAUCAGUACGUUCGCCAUUUUGAUGUCGCGGUGUGUCACGUUGUGGUGGUGGCUGUGGGCCAGGCCGAUGAGCAUCUGCCGCACCAUGUCGCGCACCAAGUGCUCCCCGAGAGGGUGACGCUUUAGAGACCACCAGAACGAGCUCUGCGCGAUGAAGGAUGGGCGCACCACACACACACACACACAGAGAUUGAUGAGUGUUUCGCCCUCCCUCUAUGCACUCGCUGUACUUCACACGCAUUACAUUACCGGCCUGAGUGCCCCCUGCAAGUUGCUGUCGGGCUGGAAGAGGUGGUUGACGAGAGAGUAGCCCUCGUCGUAGAAGACCAGCCAUAGAUCCCCGUCAGGCUCCUCGAACUUCUCGAUGAAGCGGCUGAUGUGACUCUUGCCGCGAAGCGCCUCGCCGUAAUACGCCUGAACGAAUGCCACCACACCAACAGAGAGAGAGAAAGGGAAACGCAUUCGGCUGUGGCAAACAUUGGUGUGGCUCACUCUUACCUCUCUGAGCCCACUCAGUCUGACAGCCUCGCCCCCCUGCUCGGUGAACAUGCGUUUCAACACCACAUUGGGCGGCCCCUUAGCGGGGUUGACGUUGAUGGCCCGCCACACCUCGCCAUACGCGCCCUUGCCCAGCCUCGUGUGGGGCGUGUACUGCUCCUCACGCGUAGAGGGCAGCACGGAGGGCCACUUGGCACCCAUAUACGGGCCCGACAGCCAUCUGCACACACCACACAAGCACGCGACAGAGUGUGUGUCCUUCGUCCAUCGUGUGCUGCUGAGCUUACAGAGCAGGGUUAACGCAGGUUUCUGGUGCGGUGAGCAGCAGCGGCGCCAUCGCCCCGCUCUCCGCCACCCGGCCACUCUGCUGUGGCGGCAGUGCCUCCACAUCCAUGGGGUUGGGCAGUGCAUAGUGCCGCCCGCCCCCAAUCCUCUCCACCAGCACAUACUGACCCCUCACAACCAUCCCGCUCUCCAGCCGCCGCCUCGUCAGUCUGCUCCUUCUUUCAUGGUCGAUAGCUGCCGCCGCGUCGACGGUCCACGGCCCGCCCGAGAAUGCAUGUUUCUGCGCACCGGGGUAGAGAGGCGGCAAUGGGGGAUGCGGCGGGUCGGGGGAUGGCUGUGGCGGCACUGGAAGCGGAAGGAAGGCGUGCAGGAGGAUGGCGGCCUCCGUCCACAGCCAGGAGAGCACCGCCUGCAUGGCGGCCGCCUUGUACGUUCUGUGCUCUCGCUCUCACGGACGGGUGAAGCACCCGUACAGCCUUAAUUGCAUCGUUG